UGGCGUUGGACACGCUUCUGAGGAUUCAAUUGGUUUCUAUGGUUUUCACUUAGUCGAUGUUCUGAUAGAUAGGUACAGUCAAUAUCUCGAUGGCAUUCCUCGUUAAAUGCUCGUGGCCGUGUUUCGACGGCUGACAUCGCAAUUCGAUCGCUGCGGUGGAGCUGUCAUACUUGCGGCGAGCUCACGAUGUUAGCCGCAAGCGGCUACGUGGCCGACGGAAGAGAAUUGUUUACUUGUUUACUACGGCCAUCGUUUUUGGAAAAUGUCUAGCGGUGGGCUCGGAUCCGCCGCACGAAAACUUUCUAUAAACCUCACGACUAAUCGACGCAGUUUGUUGCGAUAGUGAUUCUCGUAGUUGAUGAUGACCACGAUGAUGACGUUUUCGAAAAGAAAACCCGUUCUCUACUGCCGACAACAGCCCAGGUUCUGGACUUCCAGAUGGACCGUCUACAAGCUGUUCGGCCUGUGUCUGCUGCUGCUGCUGGUCUCGCUGCUCUGGCUGCAGCUGGGCUGUUCAGGUGAUGCCCUGCCCGAGGUCCGCCUGCCAAGGCCAGCGUGCCAGGCUCACAGUCUGGACGCAGACGACCCAUCCUGGGGGCCCCACAAGCUCGCCCUUGUGAUUCCAUUCAGGGAGAGGUUUGAUGAGCUUCUGGUCUUCGUUCCCUUCAUGCAUUCGUUUCUUAACAAAAAGAAGAUCCGCCACAAGAUACUGGUCAUCAACCAGGUGGACCACUACAGGUUCAACAGGGCUUCUCUCAUCAACGUUGGUUACCUGGAGAGCGGGAAUGACACCGACUACUUGGCGAUGCAUGAUGUCGACCUGUUGCCUCAGAACGAAGCCCUGGAUUAUAGUUUUCCAGCGGAUGGACCUUUUCACGUCGCAUCCCCAGAGUUACACCCACUUUACCAUUACAAGACCUACGUGGGAGGAAUUCUCCUGCUGACCAAGAAGCACUACCACAUGUGUAACGGGAUGUCGAAUCGCUUCUGGGGUUGGGGUCGAGAGGACGACGAGUUCUACCGACGGCUCCGCAAAGCUCAACUGCAGCUCUUCCGUCCGAUCGGAAUCCAAUCAGGAUACGAUACAUUUCUGCAUCUUCACGAUCCAGCGUGGCGGAAGCGGGACCAGAAGAGAGUGGCUGCGCAGAAGCAGGAGCAGUUCAAGGUGGAUCCAGAUGGGGGACUUACAAACCUCAAGUACCAGGUGAUCUCUCGCCAGGAGCUGAUGAUCAGUGGUGCUCCAGCCACUGUGGUCAACACCAGACUGGACUGUGACCAGAGCCAGACACCGUGGUGUGUGCUGUAGAGACGCGUGCCGGCAGGUUUGAGCAGAGACUGCGUGCUUGGAGACGGACUCAUGACAGGCAAAGUUCUACUGGUAACCUUUGGACUAGUCACUGGACCGACAUUUUGACUUGAUACAUGGAUCCAAAGUCAUUUCAACCCUUUUUUUAUCAAAUAAAUUUUGACUGUUUUCUCAAGUUCUCUCUUGUGU